AGUUCAACAGCGAGGAGGGAGCGGAGAACAGGGUCCCGGAGGAGGAGGAGGGCGCGGCGGUGUUGCCCCUGCCCGUUCCUCUGUGCCAGGAGGAGGAGGAAGACGAGACCGCUCCGGUGCUGGCGGCCUCCAAGGAACGCUUCCCUGGACAAUCUGUGUAUCACAUCAAGUGGAUCCAGUGGAAGGAAGAGAACACACCCAUCAUCACCCAGAACGAGAACGGACCCUGCCCUUUGCUGGCCAUCCUCAAUGUUUUGCUUCUGGCCUGGAAGGUGAAACUUCCGCCGAUGAUGGAAAUCAUAACUGCUGAGCAGCUGAUGGAAUAUUUAGGGGAUUACAUGCUGGAUGCAAAGCCAAAAGAAAUUUCAGAAAUUCAACGUUUAAAUUAUGAACAGAAUAUGAGUGAUGCGAUGGCGAUUUUGCACAAACUACAGACAGGCCUGGAUGUAAAUGUAAGAUUCACUGGUGUUCGAGUCUUUGAAUAUACGCCAGAAUGCAUAGUAUUUGAUCUUCUUGAUAUUCCUUUGUACCAUGGGUGGUUAGUAGACCCUCAGAUUGAUGACAUUGUAAAAGCUGUUGGUAACUGCAGUUACAACCAACUAGUGGAGAAGAUCAUCUCUUGUAAGCAGUCAGACAAUAGUGAGCUGGUUAGUGAAGGCUUUGUAGCUGAGCAGUUUCUAAAUAAUACAGCCACUCAACUGACAUACCAUGGAUUAUGUGAACUAACUUCAACUGUUCAAGAAGGAGAACUCUGUGUGUUCUUUCGGAAUAAUCAUUUUAGUACCAUGACCAAAUACAAGGGUCAGCUGUAUUUGUUGGUAACAGACCAGGGGUUUCUUACUGAGGAAAAAGUUGUUUGGGAAAGCCUGCACAAUGUAGAUGGUGAUGGAAAUUUCUGUGAUUCAGAAUUUCAUCUGCGGCCUCCUUCAGACCCUGAAACUGUAUACAAAGGACAACAAGAUCAGAUAGAUCAGGACUAUCUUAUGGCAUUAUCUCUACAACAAGAACAGCAGAGCCAAGAGAUCAAUUGGGAGCAGAUCCCAGAAGGAAUCAGUGAUUUGGAACUAGCAAAGAAACUCCAAGAGGAGGAGGACAGGCGGGCUUCUCAAUACUAUCAGGAGCAGGAACAGGCAGCAGCUGUGGCCGCUUCUACUUCUGCACAGCCCCAGCAGGGCCAACCAGCACAAGCCUCUCCAUCAAGUGGAAGACAAUCUGGGAAUAGUGAACGUAAAAGAAAGGAACCUCGAGAAAAAGAUAAAGAAAAAGAAAAAAAUAGCUGUGUCAUUUUGUAACAAGUACCGGAUUCUGCUGGAACCACCUGUAGGUCUUGAGAAACAAAACCACAAGAGGAAAGGAAGAAAGACCGAUAAAUACCGUCUGUGCCUGAUUUCCCAAUGGAUUUUGUUCAUGUUUUUCAGGGGAAAGGUUGUUACUUAUUUACAAUCAGACUUUUUAAAGUCACACAAAACACUCUGUGAGCUGGAGUUUCCUGUUACAAGUUGGAAAUGCUGUGUUGUCAUUCAUGAAAAAUACUGCACUUGUAGCCAAAUAAGCAAAUCACAGCAAAUUUUGUGUCAUAGUGACAUUCAUAACUCAUAUCAGUUAGUAAGCUAUUUUAUCUUCUGUCCUAACAGUGAAUAGAGGUCAUCGAUUUAGUCUGAUUCCUUCCUGAAAUCUAAACAUUAGCACAAUAGUUUCUGAAAUUUCUACAAUGUUGAAUUAUGAUCUAAUCUAUGAGAAUCCAGGGGUUAAUAGAGAGUUAAAAAGACAAAAAAAAAAAAAAGUCCAAAAAUCGCAGGAAUAAAUAACCAUUCAUUGUAUAUUGAACUAGUUCAGCCCUUGAACAGCUUUGCCUUUCUUCAGGAACAUACAUUUUAGAUAUUAUCUUGAGAAUUGAUAAUGAAGCUUGGUUUAAUUUAGAUAGAAAAAAAUAAAUAUUUGUAUUUCUUUUCCAGUAACAAAAGGUUGCAUAACACUAAUACUCAUAAUCUAUCAAAAUAAGAUAUUAAUGACUUUGUAGUAUUGUGAAAUUUUGAGGGAUUCUGAAAUCUUGAAUAUAGGAAUCCUGGACCACACUUACUGUUAUUGAUAAUGUGAUAAGUGAGUGUAAGGAAGAGAGCUCAGAGGAUGCUAGGCUUUGUAAAUAUGGGGAUGUAAAACGCAGGCAGUUCAUUGUCUGCCUUUUUCUAGAAUUACCUUGAACCUUAAAUUUUAAAUCAUGUUUAUUGCUAGAAAAUUAAAUAUACUUACUAAAGCCAACAAAAAGCACAUUUCUGAAAGAAAGUUGGAAAUAAUGUCUGAGUCUCAUGAAAAGACAAUAAAGAUCUUUUGCAGAGUAAAUAAGAAUUUGGAGAAAUUUAUAUAAAAGCAAUCAGAUUUCUUAAUUUAUAGGAACCAAAUAAACCUGUAACAUUUUACAGUGCUUAUAGGAUUUCAGAAAGACUAUUUAUUUAACUUUAUUAUGAGGCAACACAUAUUUUCCUGUAUUUCUAGAUAUGGUUUGGGAAACUAUCCUUAAUAGUCCUUUUUAUAUGCUUUAUAUUUAAAAGUUUAUUUUAGCCCAUUUUGAAAAGAUUGUUGCUGCUCUAAGUGAUUUACAGUCUAAGCCUCAUAAAUUUGUUUAUAUAAGAACUUCAUAACUUGACCUGAGCAUCCACUUGGUAAAUGUCUUCAUGGUCUAAGGUGACAAAAGACUACCAGAAAAUGUGGUCUUGAUUUUUUUUUAAGCUGUGUCAUUACCUUUCCCCAUUAUUAAGACCAGUUAAAGGAUGAGUCUGUAUGUAAAAAGUCUUAUUUAUGGAAGGAAUUAUUCUAAGGGAAGAAUUCAGGGUCAAGCUGUAUCUUUCAUUGCAUGUCUGUUUUUGUCACCCAAUUUGUUAUUUCUUCAAAUUUCCUACUUUACCAUAAUCAUCAGAGAACCUGUGUGGAGCGUAAAACUUGGAUGCAGAGUAUUUGAUGAGUGUCUUGAUUUUAACCCAGAAUAUGUGUAUGUUGGUAAAUUAAUCAGGUGUACUCCAGAACUUUCUGUUGGUUCAACAGGUUGAUCUUAAUCCAGGUUUACUCUUGAUAUCGCUCUAUUGGUGGAAGGAGAAAACUCAGACCCCAGGGUUUGUUUUUCCCAGUACAGAGAGCAGUUACAGAACAUUAUAUUUUAUAAGAAAAAAAUAAUAAACCUUGAGAAAUUUAAAAAAGCAUAUUUGAGGCAUAUUUUUCCAUAACUAUAUUAUUUUUUAUUUAUUACCCUUGAAAAAUAUAUGUGUAAAAGUUAUUAUUCUGUUAUUUGUUACUAUCUUCUUACUUUGUUCCAAAGAUAAUACUGCCAUUCUGCAUUCCCUCUGGAAGGAAGGAAAAAAAAAAAACUCACUCAAAACCAGCAGUGCUGCUACCAGAGAAGUAGGCAUCAGUGUAUACUUGUAAGAAAAACUAAAAAUGUUAUGUGUUUGCUAAUUCAAUCUUUUUCUAUGUAAUAUUUCCAAGUAGACUUUCUUACAUUCCUGGAACUCAGUUUGAUAUACCAAGAAUAAUAAUGAUAAAAUAUUCACUUUCAUUACUUUGGGGGGGGAGGGAAUUAAACGUUCAAUUUUAUUAAAACAAACAAGCUUCUCAGAGAUACUGGCUUCCUGUCUUUGAAGGUUAUAAGAAUUUAGAGCUUUUAUGUCUUUAUUUUCUUAUAUUUUGCUCGGAGUAACAAAUUAUAUAUUUACGCAUUUUAUUGCUGAUUUGGGUACAUUAGAAUUUGAUAAUAAAUAUUAAAGUCUUUCACAGUAUUUUAUAAUACUUAAAAUUGUUACAUGUACACUGCUAACAGAAGUUAAAAUUGAAACAUUUUUGUUUUUAGUAUUUAUAGGCUAGAUUAGGGACAUGUUUGCAUCAACCAUGUUAGAAUUAGAGCUAGCAAAAUACGCAAAAGGAUUAAUAGAUAUGGUCACUGCAUUCCUCUUCCUUUCACAGCCUGCUCCUUAAGGUUAGUGUCCAUUUUUUAUUAACUAUAUGAAGAUUUUCCUCAUGUGUAAUCCCAUUGCAUCAACAAUGCUGUGAUUUGCAGUAAAUAAUCACCCUUAAAAAUACUUACUGUGUGUGUGUGUUUCUGAAGCAAGGCUCCAUGACUGGGAACUUUUCCUCAAAUAUACGAAUCACCCUUUUAGGAAUACACACAGUAAGCAAUGUGAAGCAGCUAAAAUUGGCAUUGGUUGCACAUUGGUCUCGUGUGCUCAGAAAACCUAACUUCUUCCAUGCUCCAAGGUCCGAUUAGUAGUUGAGUAAAAUGUGGAUUUAAGUUUAGGAUUAGGCUUUGGAAAAUAUCUUGGUUUUUAAGAAUUUUUAAGAAUUAUUUUACUCAACUUUAUUUGUUUUAUUUUAAAUUUGACCAUAGAGGAACACAGAUUGAGAGAGAGAAAGAGAGAAAGCGAGAAAGCAAGCUGCCAGGUCUGGGACUCGAACCACAGUUGGUCAUGUGGGAGUCCAGCACCCGUAACCACCAUGCAACCUAAUGGCCCUAGGAAAAUAUCUUGUUUUUACUGUUUCGCUUUUUAAUAUUUGACUACUUAUCCCAUAUUAUGUUUACAAUUCUUCCUUAUGUGUCUUGAUCUUAGCUGAACAAAUUAAUUAAAUUUGUUGACUAAACUCAACAUUAAGCAUUUUGUACAAAACCUUAGCAUUUCAUUCUCAUUUAAUCAUGAACACAGUUCACUAAGAGACAGAACGUCUCGAAAUAGGACAGAAGGCAAAUAAAUAUUUAAAGAAAUAAUUGUAGUCCCUAUAUUAAUGUUGCCACAUGAAUCAGAUGUUUGUAAAAUACUGCAGAGGACAAUCAAGAGAAGAAUUUUCACAACUGUCCUCAAAUAAUCUCAUUUAUGUAAAAAUGUUUUUAAAUCAAAUGGAUUAAAUUUUACUUAAUUUUCCUAUUCAAUUAUAAGUUAUUUAAGAACAUGAUAGAAAGUUUAUCACCUUUACCUAGCAUACAGUACUAGGGCACACCACUUAAAAUAGAACAUUUACUAAUGUUUAAUAAAAUAAGGAAGCAUUAAAGAUAGUCUGUACUUGUUUUUGUUGUUGUUUUUAUGUCAGAGAGUGUGUGCUUAUAGACAAGAGAGAAAGUGAGAAAAGGCACCCCCAACAACUAGACCUGGUUACAGUACUGCUAAGCUCAGUACUUAAACUGUUCUAUGGGAUUAGCCCUGUAAUUUGCAUUUAAUGGGGACUGGGCCUGUGGAGUUCUGGAUCAUUUUGUUUAAUGCCUGGCUUUCUACCUUGCCUUGGGUAAACUUUCUGUGCCUCGGUUUACUCUUUAAAUAUGAAAGGAUUUUUGUGUGUGCAUGCUUUGCACUCCUGAGUAAAAGGCAUCUCAUAAGCACAAAGUAUCCUUACAUUAUCACAAAUAUUACACGUCCUCUAUUCUUGAUUGUGCAGACUUUUUUCCCAGCGACAUGCUUCUUAGGUUUUUUAUCAAUGCUGUCAAAAUGUAUAGAAUUGUCUUUGAGUAUGCAUCAUCUCUUUCCCAAAAUGUAUUUUACAGCUGCUUUCGUGUUCUGUAGACUAUAGGGCCAGAAUCAAAAGGAUCUGGGGAGUAUAAAAAACACUGAAAAAUUGAUUUUUUUCCCAGUGUCUUUCACAGAUCUAAAUAUUUAGAAUCUUUUUGCCUGUCUUCCAUGAAAUAAAAUACAGCGGCAUCAGAUUACUAAUGCACACACAAACUUUUUUGCAUGGCUGGGAUUACUUUAGACUUCUCAAGUACUAUCAUUUUAAGAAUAUUUAGAUUAUUCGUGUUUUUAAGUAUCAAAUGUUAUUUGAUAAUGUGCAGUUAAAUUCCUUUUAAUAAAUGAAUGAGAAUGAUAAAAGUACUCAUUGGAAUCUUGAAGAGUUCUUAGGUUCUUGGUAAUUUAGUGUCUUGUUAGUGAUGUCCAGCACUUUUUAAAGUGUUGAGAAAACAUGAAGAAUGGAGGUUGCUCUUUUCAAGUAACACUUUAAAGUAAACUAAAAUUUAAAAUCAAAGGUUUUCUGAACAAAAUAAAUCGUAAAAUAGAGAUAAUGGAAUGUGAGGGAGAGAUUGUAGGGUUCUGGCAAGCAUAACCUCAAGUUCUACCUAAAUUUUAAUUCGUGCAUGUUUCCUAAUCUCAGUGUUUCUGCUGUAAGGAAUUAAAGUUUAAUACAUUGUGAUAUGCA